CGGCCACCUUCGCGGGGGAAGCAGCGGGGUCGUCCGGGAAACCGGAAGCCCGUGGUGACCUCCGGCGACCCGGCUGGUUUUCGGUCCGUUUUCUAAGUACUGGGGAAGUCGGAACCCGGCGGCCUCGGGGGCGGCUCCGCGGAGCCGGGGCCCAGGCUGUCAUGGAUGCACUAUUAGAAGACGAUAUAUGCAUUCUUAAUCAUGAAAAGGCUCAUAGGAGAGAGACAGUGACUCCAGUCUCAAUAUAUUCAGGAGAUGAAUCUGUUGCAUCACAUUUUGCCCUGGUCACUGCAUAUGAAGACAUCAAAAAGCGACUUAAGGAUUCAGAGAAAGAAAACUCUUUCUUAAAGAAAAGAAUAAGGUUUUUAGAAGAAAAGCUUGUAGGAGCUAGACUAGAUGAAGAAACAAGUUCUGUUGGACGAGAACAAGUAAACAAGGCCUAUCAUGCAUAUCGAGAAGUUUGUAUUGAUAGAGAUAACUUGAAGAGCAAACUGGAUAAAAUGAAUAAAGACAACUCUGAAUCUUUGAAAAUAUUGAAUGAACAACUACAAUCUAAAGAAGUAGAACUCCUCCAGCUAAGAACAGAGGUGGAAACUCAGCAGGUGAUGAGGAAUUUAAAUCCACCUUCAUCAAACUGGGAGGUAGAAAAGUUAAGCUGUGACCUGAAGAUACAUGGUUUGGAACAAGAGCUGGAACUGAUGAGGAGAGAAUGUAACAGUCUCAAGCUAGAGCUACAGAAAGCCAAACAAAUGGAUUCAUCUCAGGAAGACAAUCAGAAUAGAGAUUUCCAAAGACUAAGCAUUUCAAGUGAUAAUAUGCAACAUACAUACUGGGAAUUGAAGAAAGAAAUGUCUAAUUUACAUCUGGUGACUCAAGUACAAGCUGAGAUACUAAGAAAACUGAGAACCCCAACUGGAAUCAAAAAAGCUUGUGCUCCAGUAGGAUGUGCUGAAGACUUUGGGAAAGACAGCACUAAAUUAUUCAUGACGAAUUUCACUGCAACAUACAAAAGUCAUCCCCCUCUCUCACCAAAUGGCAAAUCUAUUGUAUCAUCCCCUUCACCAGGAGAUAUAAAAGUCUUAUCAGAGAAAGCAUUUCUCCAAUCAUGGACAGAUAAUGAGAGAUCCAUUCCUAAUGAUGGCACAGAAUUUCAGGAGCACAACUCUUACGGCAGAAAUUCUCUAGAAGAUAAUUCUUGGGUUUUCCCAAGCCCACCUAAAUCAAGUGAGACAACAUUUGGGGACACAAAAAAUAAAACUUUGCUUCUACCCAACCUUCCACCAUUGCAUUACCUGGAUCAACAUAACCAAAACUGCCUUUAUAAGAAUUAAUGCUGAAGAGAUUCAUAAUUUGAUCACAAAACCUCUUCCAGUGGUUCUUUUAAGAGAUUAUUUGACAAAAUGGAUUUUGACUUAAAUUUUGCAGAGUUCUUCAAUAUGUAUAUUUGGACAUACUGUAUAAUAUGUAGCUGAUUUUCCUUUAUGAUAGAGCACCCUCUAGCUCCAUGUUCAAAAAAUCAAAGUAUGAUAUUGCAUAAACUAAUAAACCUGAGGUGUUUCAAAGACACUUCUGCCUUUAAUAAAAUUCUGAAAUUUUGCUUCUCAGAUAAAAAUGGGAAAUACAAAUUUCUAGACAGUUUUAUGAAGUAUGUGAAAUACUAAAUACUAAAAUAAAAUGAAGCCUUUUAGAAGAAAAACUGCAUGCUGGAUGAAAACGCAUAAAGAAGCAGAUGGUACUGUGAAUAGGUUCUAUUUCUGUUGUCGAUAAUACAUAAAGAAGUAUAGUGGAUAAAAUAGGAUAUUCUAUCCGCUAUUGUUUCAAAUCAUUUUUAGUCACAAAGCAGAUAAAAUUUUAGAAUUACAAUUUGUACUCAUAAAAUUUGAAAUAACCAUUGAAGCCAACUUUGUCCCAGUUCAUUCAAGUCCUAAAUUAAAAAGAUGAAAUAAUCUGACAUGUGGAAAACUAAUACAUAACCCAACACUCAAUUAGUAGUAUAUUAGUAUAGUCUGUCCUUUCAGUAGUCCAUAAUGAAUAAAUGCAACUGAAUAAUUUUCCAUAAAGAGAAUAUAGCUGCUUGUUAUGUAGAACAGAUAAUAGGUUGCUUUGUUUGAAUGUAGUAUUUGAGAAAGCUAUUUUUAAUAAUUAAAGUUUCCUUGUAAAACUA